AUGCCGGUGCGAGGAGACCGCGGGUUUCCACCCCGGCCGGAGCUGUCACGUUGGCUCCGCGCCCCAGGCAUGGAAGAGCUGAUAUGGGAACAGUACACUGUGACCCUACAAAAGGAUUCCAAAAGAGGAUUUGGAAUUGCAGUGUCUGGAGGCCGAGACAACCCCCACUUUGAAAAUGGAGAAACGUCGAUCGUCAUUUCUGAUGUGCUCCCGGGCGGGCCCGCCGAUGGGCUGCUUCAGGAAAACGACAGGGUGGUCAUGGUUAACGGCACUUCCAUGGAGGAUGUGCUCCAUUCGUUUGCAGUUCAGCAGCUUAGGAAAAGUGGGAAGGUCGCGGCCAUUGUGGUCAAGAGGCCCCGGAAGGUCCAGGUGGCCCCGCUGCAGGGCAGCCCUCUCCCCGAUCAGGAUGACCGGGCUUUUGGGGCGAUGGACGAGUUCGAUGGCAGAAGUUUCCGCAGCGGGUACAGCGAGAGGAGCCACAGCGGGCGCAGCCGCAGCUGGGAGGACAGCCCGGAGAGGGGGCGUCCGCACGAGCGGGCACGGAGUCGGGACCGGGACCGCAGCCGCGGCCGGAGCCUGGAGCGGGGUCUGGACCAGGACUACGGGCGCGCCCGAGACCGCGGCCGCCGCAGCCGCGAGCACCUGCGCUCGCGUAGCCCCAGCCCCGAGCUGCGGGGCAGGCCGGACCCUGACAGGCCAGUGGGCGUCCUCCUGAUGAAGAGCAGAGGUGAUGAAGAGUAUGGUCUCCGGCUUGGGAGUCAGAUCUUCAUAAAGGAAAUGACCAAAACGGGUCUGGCAAUGAAAGAUGGCAACCUUCAUGAAGGGGACAUAAUUCUCAAGAUCAAUGGAACUGUGACUGAGAACAUGUCUUUAACGGAUGCUCGAAAAUUGAUAGAAAAGUCACGUGGAAAACUCCAGCUAGUGGUGAUGAGAGACACCAAGCAGACCCUCAUCAACAUCCCGUCGUUAAAUGACAGCGACUCGGAAAUAGAAGAUAUCUCAGAGAUAGAGUCAACCCGAUCAUUUUCUCCGGAGGAGAGACGCCAGCAGUAUUCUGAUUAUGAUUAUCAUUCCUCAAAUGAGAAGCUGAAGGAGAGGCCAAGUUCAAGAGAGGACACACCAAGCAGAUUGUCCAGGAUGGGUGCCACACCCACUCCGUUUAAGUCCACGGGGGAUAUUGCAGCUGUACUUGUCACAGAGACCAGCAAGGAACCCAGAUACCAAGAAGAACCCCCAGUUCCUCAACCAAAAGCAGUCCCGAGAACUUUUCUUCGUCCUAGUCCUGAAGAUGAAGCAAUAUAUGGCCCUAAUACCAAAAUGGUGAAGUUCAAGAAGGGAGACAGCGUGGGCCUCCGGUUGGCUGGUGGCAAUGAUGUCGGGAUAUUUGUCGCUGGCAUUCAGGAGGGUACCUCGGCAGAGCAGGAAGGACUUCAAGAAGGAGACCAGAUUCUGAAGGUGAACACACAGGAUUUCAGAGGGCUGGUUCGGGAGGACGCUGUUCUCUACCUAUUAGAAAUCCCCAAAGGUGAAAUGGUGACCAUUUUAGCUCAAAGCCGAGCCGAUGUGUAUCGAGACAUACUGGCUUGUGGCAGAGGGGAUUCAUUUUUUAUAAGAAGCCACUUUGAAUGUGAGAAGGAAACUCCACAGAGCCUGGCCUUUACCAGGGGGGAGGUCUUCCGAGUAGUGGACACACUGUAUGAUGGCAAGCUGGGCCACUGGCUGGCUGUGCGGAUUGGAAAUGAAUUGGAGAAAGGCUUAAUUCCUAACAAAAGCAGAGCUGAACAAAUGGCCAGUGUUCAGAAUGCCCAGAGAGACAACGCUGGGGAUAGGGCAGAUUUCUGGAGAAUGCGUGGCCAGAGAUCCGGGGUGAAGAAGAACCUGAGGAAGAGUCGGGAAGACCUAACUGCUGUCGUGUCUGUCAGCACCAAGUUCCCAGCUUACGAGAGGGUUUUGCUACGAGAAGCUGGUUUCAAGAGACCUGUGGUCUUAUUCGGUCCCAUAGCAGAUAUAGCAAUGGAAACCUUGGCAAAGGAGUUACCUGACUUGUUUCAAACUGCUAAAACAGAACCAAAAGAUGCAGGAUCUGAGAAAUCCAGUGGAGUAGUUCGGUUAAACACCGUGAGACAAAUUAUUGAGCAGGAUAAGCAUGCGCUACUGGAUGUGACUCCAAAAGCUGUGGACCUGUUGAAUUAUACCCAGUGGUUCCCAAUUGUGAUUUUUUUCAACCCAGACUCUAGACAAGGUGUCAAAACCAUGAGACAGAGGUUGAGUCCAACAUCCAGCAAAAGUUCUCGAAAGUUAUUUGAUCAAGCCAACAAGCUGAAAAAAACAUGUGCACAUCUUUUUACAGCCACGAUCAACCUAAAUUCUGCCAAUGACAGCUGGUUUGGCAGCUUGAAGGACACCAUUAAACAUCAGCAAGGAGAAGCAGUUUGGGUCUCUGAAGGAAAGAUGGAAGGUAUGGAUGAUGACCCCGAAGACCGCAUGUCCUACUUAACCGCCAUGGGCGCAGACUAUCUGAGUUGCGACAGCCGCCUCAUCAGUGACUUUGAAGACACGGAUGGCGAAGGAGGUGCCUACACUGACAAUGAGCUGGAUGAGCCAGCCGAGGAGCCGCUGGUGUCUUCCAUCACCCGCUCCUCGGAGCCGGUGCCGCAGGAGGAGAGCGUAAGAAAACCCAGCCCAGAGCCACGAGCUCAGAUGAAGAGGGCUGCUAGCAGAGAUCAACUUAGGGACCAUAGCCCACCCCCAGCAUUCAAGCCAGAGCCGCCCAAGGCCAAAACCCAGAACAGAGAAGAAUCCUAUGACUUCUCCAGAUCCUAUGAAUACAAAUCAAACCCCUCUGCCGUUGCUGAUAACGAAACUCCUGGGGCACCUACCAAGGGUUGUCCUCCUCCUGUUGCAGCAAAACCUGUCUUUGGGCGGUCGAUACUGAAGCCCUCCAUUCCCAUCCCUCCCCCGGAGGGUGAGGAGGUAGGAGCGAGCGGUGAGGAGCCCAAAUCAGUCCUGGGCAAAGUCAAAAUAUUUGAGAAGAUGGAUCACAAGGCAAGGUUACAGAGGAUGCAGGAGCUCCAAGAAGCACAGAAUGCAAGGAUUGAGAUUGCUCAAAAGCUUCCUGAUAUCUAUGCAGUUCCAAUCAAAACGCAGAAGCCAGAGCCCGGCCUGCCCCAGCAUGCAAGUUCCAGGCCCCCCGAGCCACAGAAAGGUCCUUCCAGACUUUAUCAGGAUACCCGAGGAAGUUAUGGCAGUGACGUCGAGGAGGAAGAAUACCGCCAGCAGCUGUCCGAACAGUCAAAGCGUGGCUAUUACAGCCAGCAUGCCCGCUACCGGGACACUGAGCUAUAGAUGACCGCAAAGGGACGCUUCCCACCCGCCGCCACAGCAGUGGCUUUCCUGCCAAGCCACUGGGACGACACUUCAGUUAAAAUGCACUGCAGCGACGUGGAGGGACCCAAGCUUAUGUUCUCUCACAGGCAGCUCCGGGACAGCCGGUUUAAAUUAAGACCUGAAGGCUGCUUA